GCCCGUCCGUCCGCCCGUUCGGCGCGUCAGUCGGCCAGAGUCCGCGGGUGUGUGCGGAGCCUGCAGCCGUUCCAGCGGCCUCCUCCUCCUCGUCCUCCUCCUCUUCCUCGUUCCCUCACCCCGCUCCUCCUUUCCGCAUCCCGGCUCCGUCACCCUCCCGCCCCCCACACUCGGGACAAGAAUGCCCUGCCCGGAACAGCCCAGCAGCGCCUAGAUGGCUUUGGUCACGGUCCAGCGGUCGCCUACCCCCAGCACCACCUCCAGCCCCUGCGCCUCGAGCUCUCAUUUAGAAGACAGUGAAUCAGCAGCGUUACUUUGCUGUGAAUUUGAAGAGUCAGAAAUCUUUAGUGAUUCCAAUGAGGCAGACAGUGGGGAGGAAGAAUGCCGAUCACAACCAGGAGGUAUCAUCAGCGAGAGCUUUCUAACUGUCAAAGGUGCUGCUCUUUUUCUGCCACGGGGAAAUGGCUCAUCCACACCAAGAAUCAGCCACAGACGCAACAAGCAUGCAGGCGAUCUCCAACAGCAUCUCCAAGCAAUGUUCAUAUUACUCCGUCCAGAAGACAACAUCAGGCUGGCUGUAAGACUGGAAAGUACUUACCAGAAUCGAACACGGUAUAUGGUAGUGGUUUCAACUAAUGGUAGACAAGACACUGAAGAAAGCAUUGUCCUGGGAAUGGAUUUCUCCUCUAAUGACAGUAGCACUUGUACUAUGGGCUUAGUCCUUCCUCUCUGGAGUGACACCCUAAUUCAUUUGGAUGGUGAUGGUGGGUUCAGCGUGUCAACAGAUAACAGAGUUCAUAUAUUCAAACCUGUUUCUGUACAGGCAAUGUGGUCUGCACUGCAGAGUUUGCACAAAGCCUGUGAAGUGGCCAGAAUGCAUAACUACUACCCAGGGAGCCUGUUUCUCACCUGGGUGAGUUACUAUGAGAGCCACAUCAACUCAGAUCAGUCUUCGGUCAAUGAGUGGAAUGCCAUGCAGGACGUGCAGUCUCACCGACCCGACUCUCCAGCUCUUUUCACAGACAUACCAACUGAGCGUGAGCGAACAGAAAGGCUAAUUAAAACCAAAUUAAGAGAGAUUAUGAUGCAAAAAGAUUUGGAGAAUAUCACAUCCAAAGAGAUACGAACGGAGUUGGAGAUGCAGAUGGUGUGCAACUUGCGGGAAUUUAAAGAGUUUAUAGAUAAUGAAAUGAUAGUGAUCCUUGGUCAGAUGGACAGCCCUACACAGAUAUUUGAGCAUGUAUUCCUGGGGUCAGAGUGGAAUGCCUCAAACCUAGAAGACUUACAGAACCGAGGGGUACGGUAUAUCUUGAAUGUCACUCGAGAAAUAGAUAACUUCUUCCCAGGAGUCUUCGAAUAUCACAACAUCCGGGUGUAUGAUGAAGAGGCAACAGACCUCCUGGCUUACUGGAAUGACACUUACAAAUUCAUCUCUAAAGCAAAGAAACAUGGAUCUAAAUGUCUUGUACACUGUAAGAUGGGGGUGAGUCGCUCAGCCUCCACUGUAAUUGCCUAUGCAAUGAAGGAAUAUGGCUGGAAUCUGGACCGAGCCUAUGAUUACGUAAAGGAAAGACGAACAGUGACCAAACCCAAUCCCAGCUUCAUGAGACAACUGGAAGAAUAUCAGGGGAUCUUGCUGGCAAGCAAACAGCGGCAUAAUAAACUCUGGAGAUCUCAUUCCGACAGCGACCUCUCAGACCACCACGAGCCCAUCUGCAAGCCCGGGCUGGAACUCAACCGGAAAGAGGUCACCACCUCCGCAGACCACAUAGCUGAGGUGAAGGCUGUGGAGGGUCACCCACCCAUACCGCCUGUCUUCGUGGAACAUGUCGCCCCACAAGAUGUGAAUCAGAAAGGUCUGUGUACCAAAGAAAGAAUGAUCUGCUUGGAGUUUGCUUCUAGGGAAUUCCAUCCUGGACAGAUUGAAGAUGAAUUAAACUUAAAUGACAUCAAUGGAUGCUCAUCUGGGUGUUGCCUGAAUGAAUCAAAAUUCCCUCUUGACAACUGCCAUGCAUCCAAAGCCUUAAUCCAACCUGGACAGGCUCCAGAAAUGGGCAACAAGUUCCCAGACCUCACAGUCGAAGAUCUGGAGACAGAUGCUCUGAAAGCAGGUCUGAGUGUCCACUUACUACCUAUGGAAGAAUUGACAUCUCGCCUGAAAGACCUCCCCAUGUCCCCUGACCCCGAGUCACCAAGCCCUCAGCCCAGAGGCCAGGCUGAGAUCGCAGAUUUCAGUACUGAUCGCAUUGACUUUUUUAGCGCCCUAGAGAAGUUUGUAGAGCUCUCUCAAGAAACCCGGUGCCGAUCCUUUUCCCACUCGAGAAUGGAAGAACUAGCCGGAGGAAGGGGUGAGAGCUGCCGACUGUCCGUGGCCGAAGUGCCCUCUUCGGAGGUGACCGCGGACGACCAGAGAAGCAGCUCUUUGAGUAACACUCCCCAUGCCUCUGAAGAAUCUUCGAUGGAUGAGGAACAGUCAAAGGCAAUCUCAGAACUGGUCAGUCCAGACAUCUUCAUGCCAUCUCACUCAGAAAAUGCAAUAUCAGUCAAAGAAAUUGUCACUGAAAUUGAAUCCAUCAGUCAAGGAGCUGGACAGAUUCAACCGAAAGGAGAUAUCCUAUCCAACACAUGCCAUACACCAAAGAAGAACAACAUCCAUGAGAGGGCCCCAGCCCCAGAGAAUAAACCUGGACACGUGGAGCAGGACGAGGGCCUCUGUGCAGCCCAGUCUGAACCAGCCAAAGACUCAGGGAAGUGCAACCCAGAAGGCUGUCCAGCCACUCACUCAUCCACAGCCGACUUGGAGGAAGAGGAGCCAGUUGAAGGAGAACAAGAACCCAGGGGCCCAGGAACACAUCCUGGUGCCAAGUGGUACCCUGGGUCUGUGAGGCGAGCCACCUUGGAAUUUGAGGAGCGCUUACGGCAGGAACAAGAGCACCAUGGUGCUGCCCCUGCAUGUCCCUCGUUGUCCACGCGCAAGAAUUCCAAGAACGAUUUUUCUGUGGCAGACCUAGCACCCAAAGGGAGAAGUGAUGAAACCACCCCAGAGCAUUCCUUGGCCCCCAAGGAGCCGGAGGCGAACAAGGACAAAGCGAAGUGCGGUGGGUCUGAGGCAGGCUCUCUACCCCAUUGUGAGCAGAAUGCCAUUAUUCCGGCACUCAAGCCACUGGAGCUUCAGCUCUGGCCCACUCCUCGGGUGUGCCCGGAGUCAGACACUCGAGCCAAACAGGAAGCAGUCCUAAAAGAGCAGAGGACUGUAGGUAGCCACCAGGUAUCUGACACACAGGCCGUCCCCAUUCCCCUCCCCAAGAGAAUAGAAAUCAUUGAGUAUACCCACACAGCAACACUGUCCAGUCACACUGGGCCAGGAAGGGAGGCAACCACUGGCAAAGAAAGUGGGGAGCAAAGGCUGAGGCACAUCAAACUGGAGAAGUCUGUCACUGUGUUCUGCACACUCGAUGAAAAUCUGAACAGGACCCUGGGCCCCAACCAGUUUUCUCUGCAACCCCAAACGCUACCUCUGCCUCUUUCUUCCUGCUCGGGGCAUGACAGGCCUGCCGAUCCAGCCUCCACACUGAGCAGUCCUGAAGUCAGGGACAGCAGCCCAGGAACAGUGCCAGAGGCAGCAGCGCCUUUCUUCAGCCACACAACCCACAUACCUUCUGCCACAUUGGAUUUCCUGCAUCCCCAAACGGUGGUACACCUGAAAGAUGUCACAGAGCACUCCAGCACCACAGACCACGAGCCCUCUACAGCACAGCUUAGCUGGGAAGGAAGUCCACAGGUCCCACUGUCUGGUGGUGGUCCAGUGCCACGCCAGGGUUCCCAGUUAAGCAGUGAGGACCUCAAUUUAAGGGGCAAGCUGGUUGACAACAGUAGGGAGUUAGGGGACAAACCGGAACUGUCCCCUGAAGCUUGUCAGCUCCCACAGAGCUCUGGUGGGGAAAACAUAGCAGGUCGCAGCAGCAGCAGCAGCCCUGGCUUGGUAAGGGAGCGCACUCAGGAGAUUGAGUCUCGAGUGACUUUCCAGGCAGGGCGCACCAAACCACCUCAAAUGAGACGCUCAGCUUCUCUCGCCAAGUUAGGCUACUUGGACCUCUGUAAAGACUGUUCCCCUGAGGGGGAGCCUGACUCCUCUGCAACCCCUCCUGUCAAACUGCUUCAGCCCUUCCUCAGAACAGACUCAGGCAUGCAUGCCCUGGGGUCCCAGGAGUCCCAAAAAAAUCCAGGUGCCCCCCAGAACCCAGAGCCCACCAAGUAUUUUAUAGAGCAACUCAGAACAACAGAGUGUAUCGCACAGAGCAAGCCGGUGGAGAGGCCCCUUGUGCAGUAUGCCAAAGAAUUUGGGUUCAGUCAGCAGUGUUUGCUCCCCAGGGCAGGACCGGAAUUGACUAGUUCUGAAGGAGGCCUUCCUUGGCUACAGACCCAGGGUCUGCAGUGUACGGGUCCAGCCCCAGUGCUGGCUAUGGCUCCCCGUCAGCAACAUGGCCGAACUCAUCCCCUUAGGAGACUGAAAAAAGCAAAUGACAAAAAACGGACAACCAACCCCUUCUAUAACACCAUGUGAUUCUGAGCCUAUACGUGUGACUUUCUAAUAGAAAUAUUUGUAAAAGGGGCAGGUGUAAUAUGUAAGGAACAUGCACUUUAUUGGUUAAUUUUAUACUAUUUUGGUCAUUUUACUGUUCCUAGCGCAUGCAGGGUUUGGGUUUUUUCAGUGUGUGUGUGUGUGUGUGUGUCAGGGGAGAGAGAUGAUUUGGAUGACAAGACCAUUUUACCACUUUUUGUUUUUAAAAAACUCAUUUUCAGAGAACACCUCUGUGUGUGUGUGUGUGUGUGUGUGUGUGUGUUAUAUUGCUGUUUUUCAAUCACCUGCCACCUGCUCCUCAUGUUGCUCUCUGAGAAAACAUGUGCUUGAUUGCUUGAGGGAAGGAGGCAGAUGCCAAGGGUAGAGUCAAAGCUGGAAACUGGUCUCCAGAUGAACAAGAAAUGCCUUCCAGACCUGAGGCCCUAGUGGAUGGACUGAACAGCAAGUGGACAUCAGGGGGUCCUCAGCCUGGGGAGGCCCUAACCUGGGGCAUGCUUUGUUUUGCUCUAAAAGCGAGGCCUUUGGAAUCUACUGCUUCUGGCAUUCUAGAGCAUAUCAUUACAGAAAAAGCGUGAUAAUGAUGGGCUUUGUAAAUUUAUCAAGCAAACUUUACCAAGAAAAUGGUCUUUAAAGUUUAAAAGAACCCCAAGAUGAAAUUCAAGAGGUCUUCUCCAGAUGAAAAGAGGGUGUAAAGUUGUGAGUGGAGAGGCCGCAGCCCAGUUACUCUUAGAUUUGGGGAGAGCCACACGGGUGGUUGUCUUGGCCCUUCCUGCCGGAAGUUGUGCUCUGCAGCAUCCUCUCCCCUGAAACACGACAGGGACAAGUUUGAAAAACAGCAAUCAAAAGUCGGUGUGUUCUUGUAAAGUGAAUAUGUCUGCAGGGUUGUAACCCUUCCAUUACUUGAAUUAUACUGCAGGCCUUCUGAGUUUAAUGACCAUGUUUUGGGUUUUUUUGUUUGUUUGUUUUUUCAGUUAAUUUUCUUCCCCCAUGCUGCCUAAUUUUUUUUUUUUAAUUUCAUAGAUUAUAUUUGAAUUGUUACAUGUAUAUAACUUCCAUUAAAUGCAAAGUUUUCUAUAUUAUCACUGUUAACACUUGACAUAAGUUUUUUUUUCCCCUGGGGAGUUUGUCAUUUCUGUAAAGUUCAUACACAGUAUUUAUGUACAUAAUGUCACUUUCUUAUGAUGUUCUGUUGUUGAUGUUAUGAAGUCUUUUUCAUUGAUUAUUUUUAACAAGUAGUAUUGCAACUGGAAAACACACAGACACCGGAAGUAAAACUGAUAGGCUUUGAUAGGAAUCUGCACAGUAUAUUGACUGGUUUAACUGUUUAAAUGGAGAGGUCUAAUUACUAGCUCCUGCCAAAUUAUGCAUCAGUAACUUCCUCCUCAAAAAACUCCUGGAAGCUCCCAUUGGCUCACAGUGUUGACUGACAGUUGGUUUCUCUGUGAGCCCUGAGUCCCAAAACACUGCCAGUAGCUGAAACCACAGCCAAGGGAGUGUAUGUGAGUUGCCUAAGCUGGAAGCUCCUAACGGAGGCUGAGAAGCCACAGGGGAGGCCCUGACCAAGUUAAUGACUCCAUUUAGGAUGCUCUUGCUUUGCUGCUGUCGUGGAGAUCCUUAACACAGGAGCAUUUGCCAUAAACAAGCCUCUUUCAGCGUCUUGCAGAAAGCUAAUUUAGCCCUGAGUGCGAUGUCCUCUCUGCAGCUCAUCAAAACUAAAGAGGUUUGCAGAUUUGCUUCCUGUUUGCCUUGGUUGAUGUCCACGUUGCUAAGGAUUGACAAGAAGUUCAGACUGGAGACUUGGGCUCUGGUUCAUGGUAGCACUGGAGACGGCACAGACUGUGAAGGUCAUUUCAGAGGCCAGAAUUCAGUGGGGGCAGAGAACAAGGUGACCCAGAGUACACAGAGAAGGUGAACUGGGGCUUUUUGCAGGUGCUUGAAAGGAGCUGUGAAUCUAGUUGCCAUACUGAAGUUGUGGUUGGGUCUGACAUCACUGCCAGGAGGCAGGUUGGAUCAGAAA